AUGGCGUCGAUUUCGAGUGAUGAAGAUCAUAAGCCUUUGAUGUUUUUGGGUAAAGAUGUCUCAAAAAUUCCUUGUUUUCGGAACAGUUUCCUGUAUGGCAUAGUCGGUGGAUUUACUAUGGGAAUUGGCUAUUUUUUGUGUACAAGUAGAACAUUAAGAUCUACACACUUCGGUUUUGGUUCUUUUAUUACAAUAUCUUCUGUUUAUUGGAUUGCAUGCAGAUACAACUAUGAUAAUACUGAAGAAAGACUGAACGAACUGAAAGGUAUUAUCAAAGCUAAGAAAAGUGGAACUGAUGACAAAUGA